GCGCAAGCGCACACUGCAACGCCGGCCUUCGCUCGGCUCCGCAGCGGAGAUCUAGCGGUACCGCGGGAUCUGUCCGGGUCCGGGCGGAGCGGACGCCGGCUUCCCAGCGCCGGUUCGGCCCCGAGCCGCCGCCUGGAGAGCAGCUGCAUCCUGGAGGCCUCUGCUGAGCCCGGGUGGCCGGUCGGCGGCGGGGCUGCCGGAUCCCUGCGGGGCGGGCGGAGAGCCAGGCCCGGAGGAGGGGCCGAGGGCGGUGUGCGGCGGCUUCCAGGACACGUGAUUAAUAUUUGGGCACCGCUGCAGCCCCAGUUCACCGGGUAGACUCUUCACUACACGUGGGAUUAGUGCUACCAGGUGAUCGCGACCAUGGCGAUGAACCUCCUGGAGGACUGGUGCCGGGGGAUGGAAGUGGACAUCCACAGGUCCCUCUUGGUCACGGGCAUCCCGGAGGACUGUGGCCAGGCGGAAAUUGAGGAGACCUUGAAUGGAGUCCUCUCCCCGCUGGGCCCGUACCUCGUACUCAACAAGAUUUUUUUGAGGGAAGAGAAUGCCAAAGCCGCCCUAAUUGAGGUCGGUGAGGGCGUGAAUCUGAGGGCCAUACCACGGGAAUUUCCGGGAAGGGGCGGUGUCUGGAGAGUGGUCUGUAGAGACCCCACCCAGGAUGCAGAGUUUUUGAAAAACCUGAAUGAAUUCCUGGAUGCGGAAGGGCGCACCUGGGAGGAUGUGGUCCGCCUUCUACAGCUCAGCCACCCCCCACAGUCCCAGAACCAGAAUCUGCCCCCAGAGAACUGGGCAGAAGCUUUGGGGGUCCUCCUGGGGGCAGUGGUACAAAUCGUAUUCUACAUGGAUGCUGAGAUCCGCAGUCGGGAGGAAGCUAGGGCUCAGGAGGCCGCUGAGGCCCAGGCAGUGGCAGCCUCUGCUUCAGCAGCAGGGAGGAAGAUCAAAAAGGAACCAGGGCGGGCUGCCCAGGUGGUCUCUGCCUUGAAGAUGGAGAACCCGGACAGCUGGAAUGACAUGGAAGAUGAAAGUGACCCUCCCAAACCUUUGGUUUGUAAGGCUGGAGCUAAGACUCGCUCCAGGAGAAAGAAGCAGAACAGAAACCCCAAGCAGGAACCAGUGUCCUGGAAGAAAUCCAAAGGGCAUCAUUCCAGCAGCUUGGGCUCCUUAGAGGAUCCCAAGGCUGAUGUUGGUAAAAAUACGGAGAUCUCAGAAUAUAUCAGGAGCCACAGAAAGCCCUGUGUGAAGCAGGAGAAAUCGGCUUUGAAGAAGCCCGUGGAGAAAUGUGCCUGGAAGUCUCCCAGAAAUGCACCUCAGGAUGCCGGCUCAGAAGCUGUAGGCACUGGAGUUGCCUGUGAGUCAGACCAAGAUGGUGGCCAGCAGGGCCCACCAAAGAAGAAGACCGUGGGCUGGGCCUCGGCAAAGAGCCCCACCCCCAUGAGGAAGAAAAAGAAGGUGAGCUUGGGCCCUGUCUCUUAUGUCCUUGUUGAUGUGGAAGACGCCAAGAAGAAACCAUGGAUUCCAAAGAAAGGACCAGGCUCGAGAAGGGGUGCGUCCGGUCAGAAGCCCCCCCGAGGCCCACAGCCUACUGAGUCACCAGCUUCAACCUCACAGGGUGCAGAGGCCAAGCCAGAAGGCUCUCCUCACGAACCCAGGAAGCUUUGAGUUGGGGGGCCACCUGAACCUAAGGAGUUGAAAGAAGACCAAGGAAGAAGUUCCAAGUUGGGAACAAAGUUUUGUCUUGUCAUUGAAUGAACCAAGACUUUUGACUCUUUUAGGGACCCACAUUGUAGAGAUCUGGUUCUCAGAAGUAAAUGCUGCGUGAGAUCUCAGGUAGAGGAAUUACGGGAGGGAGGCGUAUGGACCCUGAAGCUUUUCUCUUUGCCAGGCCUGCUUUCUCCCCUCCUCCCAGACUCACCUUCAAGGAUGGAAAGUUGAUAAGCAGAUUGGGAAGAUUCUAGAACAUUGAUCUUGACACAGGGGCAUGGUCGCAGUUAUGCUUAUCCAUGUUUGGCCUUUCUCCCCCAUUUCCUGCUUGCUCUUCUGGAUGGUGGUCUGACCUCUGCAGGGUCUGGCAUUUUAAAGAGCAAGGCAGCAUUUUCUCCCUUCCACCUUCUCUGUGCUUUGGCCGCAGGUAAGUUAAGCCAAGAUCUUUGACGCAGACCUGGCUUCCUUGUUCCUCCUGUUAGUCUUCAACUAACAUCCUCCAGUUAUCUAAACAGAAGGUGGUACGGUCCUGAGAGUUAGUUUUGUGAAAGGAGAAUAUCCUUGAAGUAUUUGAGUUUUACGUUGUGUUAAUAAAAAUGGUCCUUGGAUUCCCGUUGAGGCAAAACACUUUCAGGAACUUGCAGGGAAGAGGGAUGGUUGGUAGAGAAGGAUUCGGGUUGUCCCGGCUUCCCUGCUCUGAUUCCACCCAAUGCCACCAAACUCUCAACAUCUUUGAGAUUGCAGACACUUCUCACAUUAUAGUAAAAGGGAAAACGUUCUAAAAAACUGGCUGUCAAUUUCUGCCCUUUGAAUAGACCAGAAUACCAUGUCUCCAGUGUGCGCAUGUGUAGGCAGCGGCACAGGCUAUCUGAAGUCAUUGGUUCCAAAUUAUCCCAGGGAAGCCCAAUGCAUGCUCAAAGACGGAAUCCAAAUCUAUUUUUCUCAUGUAUUAGAAGAAAGACAACACUGAAAAAUGAUUACUUGAAUAUGUCGUAAUCCAAACCAAUAACAUUGGAGACUAUCAAAAUAUUACUUUGUGUUCAUAAGUUAACUUGAUUCUGUACAGGUCUCAGAUGAAUUGCUUCUCCCACUUAUUUGCAUAUAAAUGAAUUUCUUGUAAAAGUGACUGAUGAGAAAGGCUAGAAGUGGGAGAAAUUCCAGUUUGGUGCAUGCGCUGUAAUAGAACACUUUGUAAUUCACAUGCUCCUGUCUGGCUGUGAUUUUCAGUUGUGAUAGCAAGUAACUGUAUCAACAUGGCGCACAGUAAUAAUAUUCUGUCAGAAAGAGGUUUAGCUCCUUACGUUUUCAGUCUCUCUUCUGACUUCCGUUUUUGUGAUGAAGAAUGUGAACAAUUGUUAGAUGUUGUUAGUGAUUCAACUUUAAGAACAAAGUUCUUGUGACCAUUCCUUUCCAAAUCCUGGGUGAGUUUUAACCGAAGACUCAGAAAAAAAGAAAAUGUUUUCCAUCUGCAGCUUUUCAUCUGUGUGCACCGUGGUUUUUCUGGAUGUGAGCAAAAUAGGACACAGAAGUGAACUGGACUCUCCAGGAGAUGAAAGCCUGCAACUCUCCAGUACCUGAUUUCAAAACCAGGUCCAUUAUAAUAGGCUUCAUUGUGUUAACCAAUUGACAUAAUGAUUAGUAAUUGUCAAUGUAUAUGUCAUGAAAUAAAGUUUAGCAAAUUAAAUAUCCAUUGAGUCUCAUAGGUGGAGGUAAAAUGGGCUAUUUAAUUUGAGAAAAGGGUUCCUACUGCUGAACAGUAAGUACAGUGUCCUAGACUCCCGGGCCAGUGUGAGCUAUUGUGAGACCUGCGCUUAAGCUUCGAGGAUUGUCAAUUUUCCAUGAGAGAAAAAAAACCAUUGAGAUGUCUGUCCUCUUUGCUAUAUGGCCUUCCACGAAUGUGAAACGAUCUCCCACAGAUGUUGGGGUUUCUAGAAGUUUCUAGACCAGGUAACUGGUGAUGUGAAUUAUCUGGAAAUGUAAGUUUAUUUUUAAAAGUAGCUGGAUGGUGAAAACCCUUGCCUCCCUUCCCCUCAGACAGAAGUUGAGAUCUUUCAGCUAAAAACUUAGUUUUCUCCUGCCCAACCCCCACUCCUGCUAGGGAUUCCUACAUUAGGGUGGCCACUUCAUCAGUCACCUGGGGUCUUUGUUAAAAAUGCUACUUCUUGGUCCCGCCUGCUGAGUCAGGAUCCUUUGGGGGUUGUAUCUACCAGAAAUCUGUAUCUUAAACAAUUUCUCCUGAGACAUUAUUCCAGAUGGAAUAAUUCAUUCCUGAGGAAGGGGACAGAUCCUUUGGGAGCAAGGUUGGGGUUUUGUAAAAGGUGAAUGGUAGUUGUCAGGGCAGGAAGAUGCUCAAGAGACCGAAAGGGAAGCUGAACUUUGAGGACUCAGAGCUAAUUGGGCAGUGGAGCCUACGCUUGGAAAGACCCGGUGGAAGGCUUGUUGAUUGGGGCCUUCCCCCCAACCCCACGCGCUCUGUGGGAAAUGCUAUAUUUGACCAAGAUGUUUAAGUACCUCCCACAAUACCGUCACUCCCUCUAGUUACACCCACUCCAUCAGUAAAGUAUGAAAGGCUCCCAUCCCACGGCCCCAAGUGGGGUGAAAGCCAGGGAUGGGACCAGGUCCGGUACAGUUCUGUCCACGCCAUACUUUUUAGUGAACCAACCGUACUGCAAAAAAAGACUGUAAUGAUCCCUUUUGUUGAAUAUUUUUAAAAGGAAUAAAAACAUUGAUAUCCGUUAAUAAAUGCAUACAGAUACAUUUGUUUCAAAAGAUACAGGGUUUGGUUUUGUUUUUAACAGGGGUUGCCCUUAGAGUGAGGAACGGGUAGAGGGCCGGUGGAGAGGGUGCAAGGGGGGCCUUUCAGGAUUUAUUCUGGUUUCCUGUACUUUGUCAAUUUCUAUCUACUCAAAUUGUUUUUUUCCUUAAGUAGUAAGUAUUCAGCCAUGAAAAUCAAUGAAGUAGUGUUACCUGCUACAACAUGGCUGACCCUGCAAAACAUUAAACUAAAUGAAAGAAACCAGACACAAAAUUUCACGUAUUAUAUGAUUCUACCUACACAAAAUGUCCAGAAUCGGGAAAUCUAUAGAAGUAGAAAGUAGACUAGUGGUUGCCAGCGGCUAGCGGGGUGAAUGUGGAAUGACUGCUAAUGGGGACGGGAUUUCCUUUGGGGGUGAUGAAAAUGUUCUGGAACUAGAUGGAAGUGAUGGUUGCACAACACUGUGAAUGUACUAAAUGCCACUGAACUUUAAAAUAGUUAAUUCUAUGUUAUGUGAAUUUCAACUCAAUAUUUUUUUGAAAGUAGUGAAAAAAUCUGGCAGCAGGAUCAUGGAUCAUUUCUGAGGGGAGUGAAGUGGGUGUUCUUUAUGCUUUCCCCGCAUUAAAAAGUCACCACGCCAAACACACGUGUUAGAUGUGGAAAUCAUGUUACCUCUCUCUGCCAUGUAAAUUAGCUCUGCUGCAAAUCUUGAAAGAAAGCUUUUCCUGUCAUCUUGAGAUGUGUAUUUGAAUUUUUUAAUCAACAUAUUUUGGGUUAGAAGACUUUAGUUUCCCAAAGGUCAAUUUUUAAAAUUCCAGCCUGGAUUCAUCCAUCCUUGUAAAACUGGUAAAGCAAGAGGACUUGCAGAGUGUACCAGUCUGGUCACGCUCAAGUAAAGCACAACCCUGGGGCUCAGCCUCAGCAGGAAUGUUCUGGAACAACAGUGAAUGUGUAGCUAAUGUCAACAGUUUUAGUCCACUUUCAUGCUCGAGGCGAGUUCUGAGUGUUUCUCUUGUGACUUUCACACUUAGGGAAGAAAAGUGAGCACUUACAGAAUAUUCAAGGUCAAAAUUCCCGAGCAAGAAUUUUCUACCACUGCUUUGUCAAGGUUCUGUAUGUGCUUCACUGAAGCAUUUCCUAUGAGUGCAAGGUGAGCUGUUUUAAAAACUGUCAACAUCUGAAAUAACCAGAAAACGGAGAGAUAGGUCAAUAAUGAGAGGGGAUUGGCUCUGAUAAACACUAAAAUGUAUUCCUAUGAAGUUAUAAUAAUUAAAACAGUUUGGUACAGACUGAAGAAUGGGGGAAUAUUGAGUCUGGAAACACAGCUACAUAAAUAUAGAAUUACAGUUUACAACAUAGGUGGAGUUUCAAACUGGUGAGGGAAACACGAAUUCAGAAAAUCGUGUCGGGACAAGCUAACUAUUUGGGGAAAUAAGCCACUCCUAUGUCAAAAUUAAUUCCAGAAAGAUAAAAAAAUUUACAUAAUGAAAUUGUAAGAGUUUCAGAGGGAAAGAUGGGUGGUUAAUUGAUCAUCUUCGUGGGGAGGAAGCUUUUGAAAGUCGAGUGGACUUUCGGAGUGCAAAGGUCACCUGCACAUAAAUGCAGGCCAAAGCUGGGACCCAGGGCAAGGGUCCAGUUUCAUGUAACCUGAAACCAUCAAAGAAAACUGGUUACUUAGCCACUAUGACCACAGAAAAAUUAAUUUUUUACAUGAGAAAAAAAGUGCAAAAAUAGUGACAAAUGGGGGGGGAAACAGACAAAGGUUUCAUACCUUCCUUUACAGAAAGCUCAUAUAAGUGAUCAAGAAAAAAGAGGAACUGAGAAAAAUGUUAAGGGGCAUGAAUGACAAGUUUACAGGAAAAUAAAUAUCAAUGGCCAGUAAACACAGAAAACGAUGCUCAACCUCACACUUAAUAAAGAAAUGCACAGCAAAUACAGUCAUGAGAUAAGGAUGAACAUAUAAAUGAAUGGAAUAGAGCAGAGAUUCCAGAAAACAACUACAAGACCCCAUUUUCCAUGUAUCUGAUUGGCAAAAGUUGUAAAAGUGUAUUACUCAGUGCUGGCAAAGCUGUGAUGAAACAGUCUCACUAUUGUUGGGAGUGUGAACUUGUCUGGACACAGUCUGGCAAUAGCUGUCAAGUUUUCAAAAUGAGUUUUGUGUUGGGUCCCAGGGAACAUGCUACUAACAAUUUUUUCUAACGAUAUACUCUCAAAUAUAAGCCAUGCUGCACAUUUGAGAGAGAUUACAGAAGAGUGUAAGAGUGAAAAAUGAAAGUAAGUCACCUCCAUCAGUCUGGAACUGGUCAAAUGAACUGUGGUACAACUGUGGGAGUAUGGGACACUCUAUACACAUUAAAAAGGAAGGUUCAAAUACCUAUUGCUGAUGUAGAAAAACUUGGAAAAUAUUUUAAGUGAAAAAUAACCAAGGUAGAGUAGGGCACGUGGGAUCAGCUUUGUAU